CGUCCCUAAACAGCACCCGAACUACUCCAUUCGACCCACCUUGCGAUCGUGCUUCCCGCAAGAUGAACUUUCUAUAUGCGCCAUUCGAGAGCGCGCAAUCACUAUGGACCUCAGCUCAAUCACAAGCCUGGGGCCCACUAGUAGGGCUAUCCAGAACAGCCUGCACGUCUGUCUUCAAGAAGAUUGAGCAUGGGCGUCUAGCUAUUUACGAAGGCGGCGCCAAGUCGUGUACGAUGUGCGGAAAUGAGAAGGAUGGAUACCCUACAGUCAUACUGCGCGUAAAGGACGACAAGUUCUGGGUGCGGUUAGCCCUUCUAGCAGAUAUGGGAUUCGCAGAAAGCUACAUGCUCGGCGAAGUCUACUGCCCCUCCCUAACCGCAUUCUUCACCCUCUUCAUCGCCAACAAAGCCGCCCUCGCCAACGGCUCCACCCUCACCUCUUCCCUCAGCACCACCCUAACCGCCCUCGCCCGCCGCUCGAACAGCCUCAAAAACGCCCGCCUCAACAUAUCCGCCCACUACGACAUCAGCAACGACAUGUUCGCCGCUUUUCUUUCCCCAGACAUGACAUACUCGUGCCCAAUCUGGUUGCCGAAAACAGACUCCCGCUCCGGCAGCGAAUCGCUAGAGGACGCGCAGCACCGGAAACUACAGCGGUUCAUCAAUAACGCGCACAUCAAGUCCACGGACCGGGUACUCGAGAUUGGGACGGGUUGGGGCUCCUUCGCCAUCCAAGCCGUCCAGCGCACCGGCUGCUCCGUAACGACCAUCACGCUCUCCGCAGAGCAAAAAGAACUCGCAGAGCGACGUAUCGCCGCGCUGAACCUGUCCCACAAGAUUACGGUCUUAAUAGUCGACUACCGUGACCUGCCCAUCCCCGCUGAAGGACCCUACGACAAAAUCGUGUCGAUCGAGAUGCUUGAAGCAGUGGGGCGGGAGUUCCUGAGCGUCUAUUUCAACGUCAUAGAUAAGCUGCUUAAGAAAGAAGGCGGUGUGGCGGUUUUCCAGUGCAUCACGAUUCCCGAAGCGCGGUAUGAAGCCUACGCGCGCAGCGACGACUUCAUCCGGAAAUACAUCUUCCCCGGCGGGCACUUACCCAGCAUCACCCAGCUCGUCUCCUCGAUAGCUGCCGGCUCGAACAACUCCCUCAUCGUGGAGAGCGUCGAGAACAUCGGCCCGCACUACGCGAAAGCGCUGAGGCUGUGGCGGGAGGAGUUUGACGCCAGGUUUGACAGCGAGAUCAAGGAGGCGCUGUGGCGGGAUCAUACCAAGGCGGGGAGGGAUGAGGAGGCUGCGGAGGUGUUUCGGCGGAAGUGGGAAUACUAUUUCUGCUAUAGUGAGGCCGGGUUUCGGAGUAAGACGCUGGGGGAUGUGAUCGUGACGGUGGGGAGAGAGGGUGCCGUGGAGAUGAUGGAGGGGGUGCCGCUGUAGGUGCACCAUAGAUGGUUCUGUGAUGAUGUCUUUUGCAGCGGGCGUUAGAGUAGAGUGAGCAUCUAGAAUCCCAACUUUUGUGUCCAUCCAUGGCCCGGUUUGGCUCUGUAUUACCUGGCGUCAUGGCACCUGAUACUAGACCGUUUGCAGAAGUUCAAUGCUGGGCACUGUAAACCGGAGAAUGAGAGUUGGGUUGAUUUUGACGUUGUAGGAAGCAUAAACAGG